AUGGCGACUUCGUUGUCUAAAAUCCUAACGAGAUCGAACGCUCACAGCCACAGGUGCUCCGCUCCAACCAGUAUCUCUACCUCUCCUUACCUUCCGUUACAAUUCUGGUCACGACACUUCUCCGCCGUCGCCGACUCUUCCUUUUCUAGCUCCGCCGCGCUUGGCAGCCAACCUAUCUCUCCCGCUCCACCGCAAGAUGACAAACGAGGGUGGAAGUGGACACAACUGCUGCUGUUCUUGCCUGGAGCGAUUACCUUCGGCCUUGGCUCAUGGCAGAUCGUCAGAAGGGAGGAUAAGGUCAAAACACUGGAGUAUCAACAACAACGGUUGAACAUGGAACCAGUGAAGCUAAAUACAGAACAUCCUCCGGAUAGGAAUCUGGAUGCGUUAGAAUUUAGACGGGUUACUUGCAAGGGUGUGUUUGACGAGCAAAGGUCUAUCUAUUUGGGUCCACGGUCUAGGUCCAUUUCGGGAAUAACCGAAAAUGGAUUUUAUGUCAUCACACCUCUAGUGCCCAUCCCUGGUGACCCGGAUAGCAUGCAGUCGACAAUUCUGGUGAAUCGCGGAUGGGUUCCUCGGAGUUGGAGAGAGAAGUCAGAAUCCACUGCUGCUGACUUCGUUACAACCCAUUUGACAAAAGCUAAACCAGUCUCCGAUGAACAAAGUCCAUGGUGGAAUUUCUGGUCGAAGAAAACCCCAAUGAUUGAGGAGGAACAAAUAUCAACGCUUAAGCCUGUAGAAGUCGUUGGAGUGAUCAGGGGAGGGGAGAACCCGAGCAUAUUUGUUCCAGCCAAUGAUCCAAGUAGCGGGCAGUGGUUCUAUGUCGACGUUCCUGCAAUGGCCCAAGCCAUGGGGCUUCCUGAAAACACAAUCUACGUAGAGGACGUCCAUGAACACAGAGAUCGGAGUAGACCGUACCCUGUUCCUAAAGACAUCAACACAUUGAUCCGUAGUAAAGUCAUGCCACAGGACCAUCUCAACUACUCAAUAACAUGGUACUCUCUCUCCGCUGCUGUCACAUUUAUGGCCUACAAGAGACUCAAGCCGAAGUCUGCCCGCAGAUAA